UUCAGUAUUGUCCUUUAUAGCAAUCCCCACCCAGGAUCCGAUCCAGGACCAUGUAUUGCAUUCAGUUGUCUUUUUCGUUUCCUGUAAUCGGCAACAGUUUCUCAGUUUUUCUUUGUCUUACAUAAUACAGAAAUUUCCGGAAGGGUACAGAUCAGUUAUUCUGUACCAUGUCCCUCAGCUUGGGUUUCUCGUGAUUAGACUAAGGUCAUGCAUUAUAGACCGGACGGUGACGCCGUGUUUUUCUCAGUGCAUUACACACAAAGCGUGCGAUGAAUGUCAGCUUGUCCUGCUGUUGAUGUUAACGUGGCCGUUCAAGUGGUGUCUGCAGAGCUUCUCUACGAUAGUUACUAUUUCCCCUUUUUAAUUAUCAGGUAAUUUGUGAAUAUUUAUGUGGAAGCCUUCGAAUGCCCUUUCAGUUUCAUGGGACGGAAAAAAGUCUUUUCUUUCGGGAAGUGUAUACCUGUGUCUUGCGGAAGAGACCCAGCAGCCUGUGUCAACAAAGUUACGCGAACAAAACCUUUCCGGAAGUGCUGAGGAACCUGGGUGCAACGCAUUCUGGGAAUUGUAGUCUCUGGGAGCUCCCGGCCGAACACCGCUCUGCGGUCUCUGCGAGAAAGAGCCAGAAGCCGCCAGGGGAGGGCGAAGAGGGCGGUGGCGGCGCUCUGCGCGCGGUGCGCCAUGGGACGGGUAGUUCGCGGCGCGCGACCCAUCGCGCUCCCAGCUGGGGAACGGGACUACCCUACCCGAGAGGCCGCGCGUGCGGGGCGCGGGCAAGCCGGCCAGGGACUCGAACAAAUCAAAUCGAAGCAAGGAAACUGCCGGCUUUCAAAAUCCUCCUCCUCCGCCAUCAUCCGCCGCGGUGCGGAGAGCAGGUGGUGCUGGAAGCGCGUGAGGCCGGGAGCUUGAGAGAGCUGACAGACUAGCAGGCUGGACAUCUGGACCGCUGGAUCCGGAGGUGGCGACCCCAGCCUGACCCGGACCCUAAAUCCAUCCCCGCCCCACCGGGCGGAGGCGCGCGCUCGAUUCCCCCCACGCGGCGGAGCCGCCUGUUUACGACGGAGUUUCACUCUUGUUGCCCACGCUGGAAUGCAAUGCCACGAUCUCGGCCCACCCCAACAUCUGCCUCCUGGGUUCAAGCGAUUCUCCUGCCUCAGCCUCCUGAGUAGUUGGGAUUACAGUCUGCAGAUCUCCAGGGGAGCCCACCAGCCUAAUCAACAUGGCCUCAGAAGACAUUGCCAAGCUGGCAGAGACACUGGCCAAGACUCAGGUGGCCGGGGGACAGCUGAGUUUCAAGGGCAAGAGCCUCAAACUCAACACUGCAGAAGAUGCUAAAGAUGUGAUUAAAGAGAUUGAAGACUUUGACAGCUUGGAGGCUCUGCGUCUGGAAGGCAACACAGUGGGCGUGGAAGCAGCCAGGGUCAUCGCCAAGGCCUUAGAGAAGAAGUCGGAGUUGAAGCGCUGCCACUGGAGUGACAUGUUCACCGGGAGGCUGCGGACCGAGAUCCCACCAGCCCUGAUCUCACUAGGGGAAGGACUCAUCACAGCUGGGGCCCAGCUGGUGGAGCUGGACUUAAGUGACAACGCAUUCGGGCCCGACGGUGUGCAAGGCUUCGAGGCCCUGCUCAAGAGCUCAGCCUGCUUCACCCUGCACGAACUCAAGCUCAACAACUGUGGCAUGGGCAUUGGCGGCGGCAAGAUCCUGGCUGCAGCUCUGACCGAAUGUCACCGGAAAUCCAGUGCCCAAGGCAAGCCUCUGGCCCUGAAGGUCUUUGUGGCUGGCAGAAACCGUCUGGAGAACGAUGGCGCCACUGCCUUGGCAGAAGCUUUUAGGGUCAUCGGGACCCUGGAGGAGGUCCACAUGCCACAGAAUGGGAUCAACCACCCUGGCAUCACUGCCCUGGCCCAGGCUUUUGCUGUCAACCCCCUGCUGCGGGUCAUCAACCUGAAUGACAACACCUUCACGGAGAAGGGCGCCGUGGCCAUGGCCGAGACCUUGAAGACCUUGCGGCAGGUGGAGGUGAUUAAUUUUGGGGACUGCCUGGUGCGCUCCAAGGGUGCAGUUGCCAUUGCAGAUGCCAUCCGCGGCGGCCUGCCCAAGCUAAAGGAGCUGAACUUGUCAUUCUGUGAAAUCAAGAGGGAUGCUGCCCUGGCUGUUGCCGAGGCCAUGUCAGACAAAGCUGAGCUGGAGAAGCUGGACCUGAACGGCAACACCCUGGGAGAAGAAGGCUGUGAACAGCUUCAGGAGGUGCUGGAGGGCUUCAACAUGGCCAAGGUGCUGGCGUCCCUCAGUGAUGACGAGGACGAGGAGGAGGAGGAAGGAGAAGAGGAAGAAGAGGAAGUGGAAGAAGAGGAAGCAGAAGAAGAGGAGGAGGAAGAUGAGGGAGAGGAGGAAGAAGAGGAGGAGGAGGAGGAAGAAGAGCCUCAGCAGCGAGGUCAGGGAGAGAAGUCAGCAACGCCCUCACGGAAGAUUCUGGACCCUAACACUGGAGAGCCAGCUCCCGUGCUGUCCUCCCCACCUCCUGCAGACGUCUCCACCUUCCUGGCUUUUCCUUCUCCAGAGAAGCUGCUGCUCCUAGGGCCCAAGAGCUCCGUGCUGAUAGCCCAGCAGACUGACACGUCUGACCCCGAGAAGGUGGUCUCUGCCUUCCUAAAGGUGUCGUCUGUGUUCAAGGACGAAGCUACUGUGAGGACGGCAGUGCAGGAUGCAGUAGAUGCCCUGAUGAAGAAGGCUUUCAGCUCCUCGUCCUUCAACUCCAACACCUUCCUCACCAGGCUCCUCGUGCACAUGGGUCUGCUCAAGAGUGAAGACAAGGUCAAGGCCAUUGCCAACCUGUACGGCCCCCUGAUGGCGCUGAACCACAUGGUGCAGCAGGACUAUUUCCCCAAGGCCCUUGCACCCCUGCUGCUGGCGUUCAUGACCAAGCCCAACAGCGCCCUAGAAUCCUGCUCCUUCGCCCGCCACAGUCUGCUGCAGACGCUGUACAAGGUCUAGACUGAAAGCCUCUCUCAUCCCUUGGCCUGGACCAGUGAGCUGGGGAGGGACUCGGAUGAACUGAGGCGCAGCCCACGCCAUUGCCUUGGACAGGACUCUGGCCAGAAGCAGGGCGGGUCUGUGUCCCGUGUGUCCUGUCAGUCCCGAGUAUGUGUGUGGGUGUGGUGCAUGUGCAGGUCUGUGCCUCCUGUCGGGAUUUGGGUUUUAACGUGUCUCUGCUGGCCCAGCCCUGCUCUGUUGUGGGGAGUUGGCCCCCAGGGGAAAGGGCUGUGAGCUGCUCCGCCAUUAAACUCACCUCCACCUGAGGGCGCUCUGCUGAUCUCCGCCUGGGCCCUGAUGGCUAUCCCCACCCAGCAGCCUUCCGGCCCGGCUCCCUGGCGGAGCCAGAGCCCAGGGAGUUGCCCGCGUGCUGUCGUUCCCCUCUGUGUUGUGAUUGGGCUGUUUCCUGCCCUGCCUGGGGCUGCUUCUCAUCACCAAGCCCUGGUCCUGCGGCAACUGUCACCCCUACCAUCCUUGCCACUGUGCUGACCGCUCAGCCUGAAGAGCAGAGAAUGCCAUGGGUGGAACUGUGGGGGUUGGAUCGUGGGGUGGUUGGCAGAGGGCAACCCUGGGCCCCACACCGUGUGGACAGGCAGACACCAGAUUUUCCAGGAGCAGGAGCUGCUGGGACUGCGCUGGCCCCGGACCUAGUGGGCCUUCUCCUGGCUGCUGAGAUGUCAUCUGUGACUGGCCUGGGGGCCAAGCUGGAGGGGGUGUGUUGACAACCCAAAGCUGUUCUCCAGUCUGGGGAGGGAGGGGCAGGGUCCCCAAUGUCCGAGCUGCAUCUGGACGCUGCUCUUAAAAAGGACAUCCUGGGGCAGGGGAGCGGUAGGGUCUGGACUGGGCAGAUGCUGUACGAGCUCCCUGAGUGCCCGUGACUGCCCCAUGCUUUCCCCUUUGUGCUCUGUGUGUGUCUGGGCUGUGCCCGGGGGCUUCACAAAUAAAGUCAUGUGUGGCAGCUUCA